GAUAAUUAAAAAUUUAACAUACUUUGCAGUCAAGAAACUUUAGACAACCGCCUCAGCAGACGAUGUCGAAAGUGAUGUCAUAACAAAAUUCCUGUUUCGACCCAAUUCAGCCUUUUGCGGCUGACGUGACGCUGGUCGGCCGGACUUUCAGCAAUAUGACGACUCAAAAAGAAUUUUUAUCAAAAGCUGAGGAUGUCGCAGAUGAGGUUUUACGCAAAACGAAACAUAUUUUACCUCACGUGGCACGCUUCUGUCUGAUCAGCACAUUUUUCGAGGAUGGCCUGCGGAUGUGGUUCCAGUGGAACGAGCAGCGGGAGUACAUGGACAUCUCGUGGGGCUGCGGCUGGUUCCUGGCCGCCCUCUUCGUCUUCGUCAACCUGGUGGGCCAGCUGGGCGGCGUGGCCAUGGUGCUGCUGCGCCUCAAGGUCGACAUCGCCGUCGGCAUCCUGUUCGGCAUCGUGAUCGUGCAGACGGUGGCGUACCAGAUCCUGUGGGACGCGCAGUUCCUGUUCCGCAACCUGGCGCUGAUCGGCGCUCUGCUGCUGGUGCUGGCCGAGACCCGCGUCGAGGGCAAGAGCCUGUUCGCCGGUGUGCCCAGCCUCGGAGAGAACAAGCAGAAGACGUACCUGAUGCUGGCCGGGCGCAUUCUGCUGGUGUUCAUGUUCCUGACCCUGCUGCGCUUCGAGGUGUCGCCGAUGCAGAUUGUGCAGAUUAUCAUCGGCUCCGUACUCAUGGUAUUGGUGACGAUCGGCUACAAGACAAAGCUCUCUGCUCUGCUGCUAGUUGCCUGGCUCAUGGCACUUAACUUUUACGUCAACGCAUGGUGGUCCGUGCCCUCCUACAAGCCGAUGCGGGACUUCCUCAAGUACGACUUCUUCCAGACUCUGUCGGUGGUGGGUGGUCUGCUCAUGCUGGUCUCCAUUGGGCCCGGCGGCGUCUCCAUGGACGAGCACAAGAAGGAGUGGUAGCUGAAGCACGCUUCCAUUUUAACCAGCGGCCGCCGCGGUCGCUUUUAACACGCGCCGGCCGGCGGGCGCAACAGCCGUGUUACGCGUUGGACAGAGUUUAUGCGCCAGCCGGCGGCAUGGCGGGGCGCGGGCGCUGCGCAGUGUCACUCUCCGCCAAAGGGGCGGCGCCAACCCGGCGCGAGCGCGCGCCACCCUGUCUGCCAGUGUAUGUGGUAUUGGUGUGCUUGGGCUGUUGCGGUUGUCCCGUUUUAUUGCUGUUUUAAGUCUCUUCUCGAUGUUUUAUGGAGGUAUUUUUGGUAUUAAAAGCGGAAAAUUGAAGCGAGUUGUAUACAUCACACCAACGUG